UUCAGUGUACUCGUAAUGUAGCGUAGAUUUAACUCCAUGGUGAAGGAGUUUCUUUGCCUCGCUUUCCACAAAGUAUAUCAUCUUUCCAAUACAUAAAAGGAAGAAACGAAGGAAAAAUGUGGAAGGUCGUAGUUCGUGGAAUCCGAGAAACGUUGGAGCGACGUGUUUGUCGCACCAAUGUUUACUCACAAUCGUCGCAGGAUAACGCGAAAAAUGAAGUCAAGACGAGCUUGACAUGCCAACAGAAAUUUCUUCCACCAGUAUUCAUCACUUGUGACAAAGGCUUUUGCGGAUCAGCUAAAAGCUCCGGUGCUAACAACAAGCAACACGAUUGGAAUACCAAGCACAGUUGGCCCGAGGCUGUCGGCUGGUCCAGCGUACUGGCAGCUGGAUGGGUCGUAUGCCAGACGCUUUGUCUCCGCAAAAGAGUCUUCGACAGAGAUAGCAAUGAGACCUCGAAAAGCAAGUUACGUGGUUACUCUCGAGUUUCAUUCAUACUUAUGCAGUUAUUAAAUUUACAUCCAAGAAAAAUCCUGCCGGUUACUAACUGUACUGGCACUAGCAAUAAACUAGCAAAAACAUCCAAUCUGCAGGAAUCAGACUCACAAUGGACUGCAGAGAAACCAUUUGGUCCUAUCACCAUUGAAGAGGCAUUCAAAGAGGCAGCCGAUGAAUUUACAAAUACCCAUAAAAUAGUGGUAGGCGAAUACGAACUUCGUUAUGGUAUUAAAGCCUUAGAGGAAAAACGUUAUAAAGACGCUUUAGCGCAUUUUUCCGCGGGCGCUAAAUUAUCAUCUCCCGGAAGCAUGUUUAAUUUAGGUCUAUGUUACGAAUUAGGCAUUGGAACUUUGGCAGAUCAAGCAAAGGCUGCAAAAUAUUACAAUGAUGCCGCGGCUCACGAUCAUGCCGAUGCGUUAUAUAAUUUGGGAGUUUUCCAUGCCCAAGGAAGGGGCGGUUUACCAAUCAAUAUUGAUACCGCACGCACUUAUUUCACCAGAGCAGCAAGAUUGGGCCAGGUACAAGCGCAACAUGCCCUCGAUUUAGAAAAAGCUGAAAUUCAAUCAAAGAAAAAUACCUCUCCUGUACCGAACAUAAAUCUUAAAAAUUCAGGUUUAGAUAAGAGUGACGGAAAUGAUACGCACGUUAAAUUAAGCGAUUUCACGUUAUAUACAAAUGUUGAUGACACGUUCAGUCCAAUCACAAAGUCCAGCAAAGUAUUUUUAGAGUUUCUUGGCUUAAAAGAACCUAGUCAAGCACCCAUUAUGAUAAGUACCAACGAUUGUCGCGUGCCAUAUUAAAAAGUACAUUUGUUAUCUUACAAUUAGUGUAAGACCAAGUGGAAUCAGGUAUAGUGAUAUAGGAUAAUUCCUACUAGUAUUAUUUUAUACAAAUACUAUGUUUUUAUUUUUCUUUUUUUAUCCGCAUAGUAUUUUUGCAGGAAUAUAUUAUAAGCAUGCGAUAUCGAUGCAAUAUUUGCUCAAUUUACAAUAUAUCGCAAUAUAUUCAGAAUUUUGCUGUAGAUUCGAAAUCCCAUUCCCACAUUUUUUGCGUAUCAUUACCUUCAUAUUUUUCAUUCGAAAAGAAGCAUUGUUUUAUGCUUAGUGCUUAAAAAAAAUUUUUUUUUUAAUUUACAUGUUAUUCUAUGAUACAUUAUAUCAAUACAUAUUGAUGAUGUGAUUUUUCAAUGACUUUAUAUUUAUACAUAUAUAAUAGUACUUAAUUCUCGUGUUUGAGUUUGAACUUGACUGUGAUGUGCGAUCAAAAGAAUUAUGAAAAUAUACAUGACACAAGACGACUGAAAUUCGAAGAUUGGGUAUUAUACCUCACAAAAACUUCCUAAUCCGUGUAAGAACAGUAAUAGUGUGACAUGUGAUAGAUUAUGAUCGACAUUUUUGUUGGAUGCAUGUUUCGUCUUACAUUGAAAAAUCUCAUUUUAUGUCUGAAGACGUAUACUAGAUUUAAGAUUUUGUUUGGCACAAACAACAGUAAUAUUUAGCGAUGUGCGCUUGUGCUAUGCACAGUGCAGAAAGUGUAUGUACGGGUAUAGUACAUAUAGUAUACAUAAUACAAAAAUAAUGUUUUUAUAA